AUGUCAUCCACACCCCAACGGAUGACGCAACCUUUGUCCUCCAUGUCGGCGGCGAUCGCGCCCGUGAAGGAGAAUUUCGAUGAGGUCAAAGAUGAACGAGAAGAUGGGAUUUCCCGGAUCAUUUGGCGCUCUGACAACCUCGCUCUCAGAAGCAACAAGGCGCCACUGGUAAUCGGCGCUGUCUGGCUGCUUCAGAGAGUCCAAGCCUCCAAGAACACGGAGGAGCUGUUUACACUUUUGGGCCUGGAAUCAGAGUUUUCAAGCCGUGAUUUGCGGCAGAGCAGGACGGCCGCGGAGUCCUUCUCUGGACAACGGCCUGCAGCUAUCUGGCUACCCGCUGUCCAGCCGCAGCUGGAGCCAGACUUCCCCGCACAAGACGACAGAGAACAUCGUCCGCAGUCGUCCAAGAUUACCUUCAACCUGGAAGGCUGCAAUUCGUCUGACUCGAUCGGGAUUCCACCUUAG